AUGUACAUUCUUGGCCAAUCGGGGAACAAGUUGUUGUUUUAAAUUUAGUACAAUGUUUGAAGCAGUAGUUUCAGUUUGAAUUGAAACAUUCCGAAAGGCUUUUUAAAUGUGGUUACGGGUACAGAUUACAAUUAUAUAGCAGCAAUGUGUGACAGUUUUCAUACAUGGCAAAACGUUUUGGUGCAAUGGGCCAAUUGCUUAGCCCUGCAGGACAAUCCGAUUCAGCAAGUUACAGAGUUAAGUGAUGGAAGAUUUUUCUACAAUCUUUUGAAUGCCAUUUCCCAUAGGACUAAACAUAGUAUCAGCGGAGAUAAUGUUAAUGAGGAAGUAACCUCCUUUUUAAAAUAUGAAUAUCCAAAUUAUUGCAUGGAUGCAGAAUCUUGUGACAUGGAUGAUGAAGUUGAGAUUACCUAUAUUACAUCUUUAUUGCUGUUGCACAGCGUUCUAAAGAGUGGAAAUGAAAGAAUAAUGGACCAUAUGUAUAACCUGGAUCAUGAAACACAAAUUUAUAUUAAGAACUUCUUUGAAAUCAUCUUGCAGUAUGAUGGAAAUAUAACAAGAACUGCUCUGAAGCAUGCUGUCAAUAAAUAUGGUAAUAAUGAAUCUCCAGUGGCAGCAGAGAAAGGACGUCAUUGUUCAGAAUCUCCACUUAUUGGCUUUAGUACACCUAAACGUCCUCCCAUGAAGGAUGUUGUUGAGUCCCCUUUAGCUCAGAAACUUAAGCAACUCUCAGAACAAAGAGCAGUGAUAAAGAGAUUAAAUAAUGAAUUGGAGGUUGAACAGAUGGAGAAAGGUGAGCUGCAAGAAGAGCUGCGCCAACAACGUGAAAAAACAAAGAAAUUGACCAAAGAGUUAAUUGAUAAAAAUGAAGAGAUUAAGAAGCUCCGUGAAGAAUGGUUAUACAACACUUCUGAAUCAGGUGAAACAUCUGAAUGUGUUAAAUCUUGCCAAGAAGCAUUACUAAGUAAUGAGAUAAAAAGUUUGGAGGCAUAUGUCUCCUCUGUUGAUGCUGACAUGGACAAUUUGCACAAAGAACGGGAUUUAUUACAACAAAGGUUAUUUAAAGCAGAACACCAGUGUAAUGUGUGGCACACAAGAUCACAAGAAUAUGAAGCACAGUGUGAGAAGCUGCAGCAUGAUCUUGUAGAGAAAGAACUUGAGUUGGCUCAAGUGAAGGAACUGUGUUCUGAUCUACAAAGUCAUGUACAAGAAUUAAAGCAAGUUUGUGAUGCUAGUAUAGAAGAAGACAACUUUAUAAAUCCAGUGUGCAGGACCCCAGAAAGUCUAGGUGAGGCAGUAGUAGAACUGCAACUGCAUGAAAAAGAAGUGGAGAAUCAAGUAUUAUCAGAACAACUCAAGAGAAUGAUCAUGGAGGAAGAAGAAAUGACAAGGCACAAAAGUGAACUUGAACUUCAUUUGGAAGCCGCAAAUCAUGAAGUAGGGUCUCUAAAGACAUCAAACAUAGAACUGGUCAAUAAAAUGGAAGCAUUACAACAUGAACUUGAAGAAUCUGAAAGGAAACUGAAUUCUGCAUCUGUAGAGCUUGAUCACAUUUCCCAAGAGCGGAUUCUGCUUGAAAAAGGACUUGCUGGCCUACAGGACCUCCUUGCUUGCAAAGAUAAUGAGCUUUCAGAUUCUCAUAAUGUAGCUGAAUCACUUACUUCAGAUCUUGCCAAGCUACAGGACAAUUUUCUGGAAACUCAGAAUAUUUUAGCUGCAGAAGUAGAACAUGUUGCCAAGUUAAACCUUGAAGCCCAUGAAACACAGAAACAACUGAAAUGUACAUCUCAAGAACUUGCAGACAUAAAAAUGGAAAAUACAGAAGUAAAGCAGAAUCUGGGUUGUAUAGAGCAACAGCUGGGGCAAUAUGUAAAACUGGUUGAAGAAAUGCUAUUGUCUGGUAAAGAUACUCCAGGAGAUGCUGAACAGUCAUUACCAGAUGGAACAGAAGGAUCUUUAGCAGCUUUGUGUCUUAGUGUGGGAGUUAAAGUUGAAAGACUGAAUUUCUUGCUGAUAGAACUGGAUGCUAAGAAUUCUAAGUCACUUCAUGAGCAAUCUAAUUUGGAGUUAGAUUGUAAAAAAUUAAAGGAGACUAUUAUAAAACUUUGUGAAGAAAUUACUGAUCAAGAAGAGAGGGAACAGAAACACCUUCUACAAAAGAGCAUUCUGGAUGAAUGUCUGCAACGUGCUGAUGAGAAUAUUUUAAAUUUAGAAACAAAAGUGUCAGAAUAUACUCAUAAGGUUGAGAAUCUGAACUCUAUGUUGGAAGAUAAAAAGUCUGAGAUUGAAAACCUUGAGGGAGUUAGACAGAAUCUCUCUGACAGAAAUAAAAAUCUUGAAAAACUAAGUGAAGAAAAGGCAGAGAAGCUACAGAGAUUUGAAGCUGAAUUGACAGAAGUUACACGUGAUAAAAUUCUAUUGCAAGAUCAAUAUAACAAAAUUAAAGGAUUUUCUGAGGAACAAACUAAAACUGUGAACAUGUUAAAUUGCAAGAUUGCUGAACUUGAGAAACAAAUUCAGGAGCUGGCACAGGAAAGAGACUCCUCUAACAAUAACCUGCAGAAUAUCAAUUGUAAACUGCAAGAAUUACAAGCAAGUAAAGAGAAUUUAGAAACAAAAGUGUCAGAAUAUACUCAUAAGAUUGAGAAUCUGAACUCUGUGUUGGAAGAUAAAAAGUCUGAGAUUGAAAACCUUGAGGGAGUUAGACAGAAUCUCUCUGACAGAAAUAAAAAUCUUGAAAAACUAAGUGAAGAAAAGGCAGAGAAGCUACAGAGAUUUGAAGCUGAAUUGACAGAAGUUACACGUGAUAAAAUUCUAUUGCAAGAUCAAUAUAACAAAAUUAAAGGAUUUUCUGAGGAACAAACUAAAACUCUGAACUUGUUAAAUUGCAAGAUUGCUGAACUUGAGAAACAAAUUCAGGAGCUGGCACAGGAAAGAGACUCCUCUAACAAUAACCUGCAGAAUAUCAAUUGUAAACUGCAAGAAUUACAAGCAAGUAAAGAGAAUUUAGAAACAAAAGUGUCAGAAUAUACUCAUAAGAUUGAGAAUCUGAACUCUGUGUUGGAAGAUAAAAAGUCUGAGAUUGAAAACCUUGAGGGAGUUAGACAGAAUCUCUCUGACAGAAAUAAAAAUCUUGAAAAACUAAGUGAAGAAAAGGCAGAGAAGCUACAGAGAUUUGAAGCUGAAUUGACAGAAGUUACACGUGAUAAAAUUCUAUUGCAAGAUCAAUAUAACAAAAUUAAAGGAUUUUCUGAGGAACAAACUAAAACUGUGAACAUGUUAAAUUGCAAGAUUGCUGAACUUGAGAAACAAAUUCAGGAGCUGGCACAGGAAGGAGACUCCUCUAACAAUAACCUGCAGAAUAUCAAUUGUAAACUGCAAGAAUUACAAGCAAGUAAAGAGAAUUUAGAAACAAAAGUGUCAGAAUAUACUCAUAAGAUUGAGAAUCUGAACUCUGUGUUGGAAGAUAAAAAGUCUGAGAUUGAAAACCUUGAGGGAGUUAGACAGAAUCUCUCUGACAGAAAUAAAAAUCUUGAAAAACUAAGUGAAGAAAAGGCAGAGAAGCUACAGAGAUUUGAAGCUGAAUUGACAGAAGUUACACGUGAUAAAAUUCUAUUGCAAGAUCAAUAUAACAAAAUUAAAGGAUUUUCUGAGGAACAAACUAAAACUGUGAACAUGUUAAAUUGCAAGAUUGCUGAACUUGAGAAACAAAUUCAGGAGCUGGCACAGGAAAGAGACUCCUCUAACAAUAACCUGCAGAAUAUCAAUUGUAAACUGCAAGAAUUACAAGCAAGUAAAGAGAAUUUAGAAACAAAAGUGUCAGAAUAUACUCAUAAGAUUGAGAAUCUGAACUCUGUGUUGGAAGAUAAAAAAUCUGAGAUUGAAAACCUUGAGGGAGUUAGACAGAAUCUUUCUGAUAGAAAUAAAAAUAUUGAAAAACUAAUUGAAGAAAAGGCAGGGAAGCUACAGAGAUUUGAAGCUGAAUUGACAGAAGUUACAAAUGAUAAAAAUCUAUUGCAAGAUCAAUAUAACAAAAUUAAAGAAUUUUCUGGGGAACAAACUAAAACUGUGAACAUGUUAAAUUGCAAGAUUGCUGAACUUGAGAAACAAAUUCAGGAGCUGGCACAGGAAAGAGACUCCUCUAACAAUAACCUGCAGAAUAUCAAUUGUAAACUGCAAGAAUUACAAGCAAGUAAAGAGAAUUUAGAAACAAAAGUGUCAGAAUAUACUCAUAAGAUUGAGAAUCUGAACUCUGUGUUGGAAGAUAAAAAGUCUGAGAUUGAAAACCUUGAGGGAGUUAGACAGAAUCUCUCUGACAGAAAUAAAAAUCUUGAAAAACUAAGUGAAGAAAAGGCAGAGAAGCUACAGAGAUUUGAAGCUGAAUUGACAGAAGUUACACAUGAUAAAAUUCUAUUGCAAGAUCAAUAUAACAAAAUUAAAGGAUUUUCUGAGGAACAAACUAAAACUCUGAACUUGUUAAAUUGCAAGAUUGCUGAACUUGAGAAACAAAUUCAGGAGCUGGCACAGGAAAGAGACUCCUCUAACAAUAACCUGCAGAAUAUCAAUUGUAAACUGCAAGAAUUACAAGCAAGUAAAGAGAAUUUAGAAACAAAAGUGUCAGAAUAUACUCAUAAGAUUGAGAAUCUGAACUCUGUGUUGGAAGAUAAAAAGUCUGAGAUUGAAAACCUUGAGGGAGUUAGACAGAAUCUCUCUGACAGAAAUAAAAAUCUUGAAAAACUAAGUGAAGAAAAGGCAGAGAAGCUACAGAGAUUUGAAGCUGAAUUGACAGAAGUUACACGUGAUAAAAUUCUAUUGCAAGAUCAAUAUAACAAAAUUAAAGGAUUUUCUGAGGAACAAACUAAAACUGUGAACAUGUUAAAUUGCAAGAUUGCUGAACUUGAGAAACAAAUUCAGGAGCUGGCACAGGAAGGAGACUCCUCUAACAAUAACCUGCAGAAUAUCAAUUGUAAACUGCAAGAAUUACAAGCAAGUAAAGAGAAUUUAGAAACAAAAGUGUCAGAAUAUACUCAUAAGAUUGAGAAUCUGAACUCUGUGUUGGAAGAUAAAAAGUCUGAGAUUGAAAACCUUGAGGGAGUUAGACAGAAUCUCUCUGAUAGAAAUAAAAAUCUUGAAAAACUAAGUGAAGAAAAGGCAGAGAAGCUACAGAGAUUUGAAGCUGAAUUGACAGAAGUUACACGUGAUAAAAUUCUAUUGCAAGAUCAAUAUAACAAAAUUAAAGGAUUUUCUGAGGAACAAACUAAAACUGUGAACUUGUUAAAUUGCAAGAUUGCUGAACUUGAGAAACAAAUUCAGGAGCUGGCACAGGAAAGAGACUCCUCUAACAAUAACCUGCAGAAUAUCAAUUGUAAACUGCAAGAAUUACAAGCAAGUAAAGAGAAUUUAGAAACAAAAGUGUCAGAAUAUACUCAUAAGAUUGAGAAUCUGAACUCUAUGUUGGAAGAUAAAAAGUCUGAGAUUGAAAACCUUGAGGGAGUUAGACAGAAUCUCUCUGACAGAAAUAAAAAUCUUGAAAAACUAAGUGAAGAAAAGGCAGGGAAGCUACAGAGAUUUGAAGCUGAAUUGACAGAAGUUACAAAUGAUAAAAAUCUAUUGCAAGAUCAAUAUAACAAAAUUAAAGAAUUUUCUGAGGAACAAACUAAAACUGUGAACAUGUUAAAUUGCAAGAUUGCUGAACUUGAGAAACAAAUUCAGGAGCUGGCACAGGAAAGAGACUCCUCUAACAAUAACCUGCAGAAUAUCAAUUGUAAACUGCAAGAAUUACAAGCAAGUAAAGAGAAUUUAGAAACAAAAGUGUCAGAAUAUACUCAUAAGAUUGAGAAUCUGAACUCUGUGUUGGAAGAUAAAAAAUCUGAGAUUGAAAACCUUGAGGGAGUUAGACAGAAUCUUUCUGAUAGAAAUAAAAAUAUUGAAAAACUAAUUGAAGAAAAGGCAGGGAAGCUACAGAGAUUUGAAGCUGAAUUGACAGAAGUUACACGUGAUAAAAUUCUAUUGCAAGAUCAAUAUAACAAAAUUAAAGAAUUUUCUGGGGAACAAACUAAAACUGUGAACAUGUUAAAUUGCAAGAUUGCUGAACUUGAGAAACAAAUUCAGGAGCUGGCACAGGAAAGAGACUCCUCUAACAAUAACCUGCAGAAUAUCAAUUGUAAACUGCAAGAAUUACAAGCAAGUAAAGAGAAUUUGGAACACACUUACAGUAAUGCAAUGCAGGAAAAUGUGGAAUCCAUUCAGAUAUUGAAUGGUCGUGUGGGUGUGUUGAGAGACAGAAUUGAUGAAUUAGAAAAAAGAGUUGCUUUGACAGAUGAACAACUUGAAUGCCAGAAAGAAUAUCUUGCCGAAAUGAACAAGAACAAGGACAUUUUGAAACUGCAGUAUGAAACUGAAAAUCAAGAGAAGGGGGAAAAAAUUGAGUUACUCACCCAGCAUGUGAGAAACUUAGAAAUGACAGUUGCAAAACUAGAAGAAGAGAAAAAGGGGAUUGUUUGUAAAUUGAAAUCUGCUGAGGAAGAAAAGUGCUUGCAGCUGGAAUUAGAAUCUCAGAAAACUUAUGAGAUCAAACAAGCAUAUGAAACGUUGCUGGAAGUCAAUUACAAGCUGCAGUCGGAGAAUGAGGACCUGAAAAGUAAAGUAGAAGAAAACAUUAAAGCCAUUCGACAGGAGUAUGAAAAGAAGCUUGAUAGACUAAAAGCCAAAAUGAGAGUUCUUUAUGAAGAGGAAAUUGGAAAGAAAAUGAAAAAGUCAAAGGAAGAAAGUGAUCAUUUUCAGGCAAUGUGUAAAAUCUACAAAGAUAAGGUUCGGAGUUAUGAAAGUGAUGUAGGCAUCCUCAAGUCACAAGUUUGGGAAAUUGGAGACAAAUUGUUGGUGGCAGAGAAAGAAAAGAAGAAACUUGAAGAGGAACUAUCAAAACAGCAAAUAUUUUUACAGUCUAUUAGAAGACAGGGUGAUUUCCUAGAAAGGUGUGCAACAUCAAGCAGUUUAGAAAGAGGAAGAAAAGUUGUUGCUGGUUCUUCAACAGAGUUCCAUGCAAUGGAUAUAAUAGAUGAGUCUAUUACACUUGUUAGAAGAAAAAAGAGUGUACCUAGAACACUGCCCUCAGGCAUGGGUGCUAUGUUUAACCCUGAAGAUGAAGAAGGUGAAGUCUUCAACACCACAAAUUUGGCCGAUCUGAAAAUGGGGCAUUGUGUACCUCAAGGCUACACGGGCCGUGUUAAUGAAUUACAGUACCGUAACUCCUUGUGUCUUCCACAUCUGAAAUCAUCUUAUCCAGCAGAGACUCAGUUUCAUGAUCCACGAGAAUACAGGGAUGAAGAUCUUAAGUUGGGUUGUGCUGUGGAUGUAGAUCAGUUUGAUGCCUUAAGUACCAGCAUGUUACUGCCUUCAGAAAAACAACGUAAGAAGGAUCGUGGACAGACGUCAUAUAAGAAACCAGGUCCUCCAACUCCUGGUAAAAAUGGUGGUCGUCUGUCUUUCCAGGGAACUGAGGUGCUUACACCUCGUGCACCACUGAGAGAGAGCAAUGAUGGAGCUUGUGUUCGAAAAGCUUCAACACCAAGUCGUCUGAAGUCACUGUUCACAAACAAAAAUCGUCGAGAUGAGAAUACUCCUGUAACUCCACGUGGCCGAAGACUGAGCAAUAUUUUUCGUAGACAGGUACAGCCUAUGGCAGUGGUUUUUGAAAUGCAUACCUAUCUGGAACCCAGGGGUUCAAGAGGAUGUUGGGUUCCAAAUUGAAUAUUGAUUACAGAAGGGUGCAUUUGCAGGUUACUAUAUAGAAUAUUUAUUUUAACACAGCUCUUCCUAAUUUUCAAUGGUGAUAAGAAUAAUUUUAUUUUUCUUGUUAAAAUUGUAACCAAUUCAAAUAAAACAUUGCAUCUCUCAA